AUGAUAACAUUGCACCCCUGGUCACAGACAUCAGUGAUCGGCUCGACCAUUGGAAGUCGUAGUAUACUUAUGACACCCACAUCUUCAACAUUCUUUCGGCGAAGCCCGGUUGAUAAGGGCGCACAACAUAGAUUUCUGACACGCAGCAGCUACGAAGGGUCCUGGAAUAAAAAGGUGCACACGAUGGAUGGCUUUGGAACCUAUCGGUUUCCAGAUGGCAGCGAAUAUCGGGGCUAUUUCCAUCGCGGCAAGUUCCAUGGUUAUGGGCAACUGAAACUUGCAGCACCCUAUAGAUUCUCGAUAAAGGGUGAGUUUGUUGAGGGCAAGCUGAAAAAUGUUGCGGAUAUGUGGUUCGAAGAUGGUUUGCACUUGGACGGCACCUUCGAGAACGGGUAUCUUAACUGUAAAGACUGGAAAUAUCUGUCUGACUACGAUCGACGCUUUCACGGGGAAUUGAGUUAUGGGCAGCAGCCGGUAGGACCCACAUCUUAUUUUACCGGAAAGUCAACAUCACGACAUCUCAAGAACGGCACCUACGAUGCAGAAGAGGGCAUCUUUCAUCCAAAAACGGGCUAUAUUACUAAUCGCGUUCCGCCAUUUACCAGAAACUUUUACGUGACCUGCCACGAAGAUAGGGAUUGGAUUACACGUCAUUGUCGAAGAGGAGUCAGCGCUUCGGAGAAUGCUAAGGAACCAUUGCCAAGAUUCUGCCGUCAGAUUAUCAGUAAUAAUUUGGAUGAUGAAAAAAGAAUGAUGGGGAAAAAGUCUGUUUGUUUGCCUGCAAAGGGAUUCAUUAAUCGCAAGCAGUACUUUCAUAAGAUCUGUGACGAACUUAACGACGAAGAUGCCCCCAAAUCAGUGGAAGAGUCCAUGGAAAGGUCAAUUGGUGUCGACAGCAGCUGUGAUAUUCAGAGCAUUACGGAGCAAUCGUUCAAGGAGGGAAGGCAAAAUUUUGGACGCAUUGUCAGGCGUGUGGGACCCCAAGACAUCAAUGUACGUGUGGUACAAAGCAAUCUAACACUCGGUUUCACCAGCUUCCUGUAUCCCAAAAGCUCGGCUUUCGAUUUGUAG